AUGAGCGAGUCGGCGGUUCUUGCGCGCAACGCCCAUCCCUCUCUCACCUGCAUUCCGCGCCUCCCCUGCAUUUCCCCCGCUUCCGCUUCCGCCAAGCAUGCCGCCGCCGCCAAGCAUGCCGCCGCCGCCGCGCCCCUCCUUUCCCCCGAGGGCCACGGCGGGCAACCCGAUUCGAGCGCGACGGAAGAGGGGAAGAGCGCAGAAGCGCAGCGCGCGUGCCGCGUGAGCGUGGCGGUUCUGGCGGUGAAAGACUUGAAGGAUGGGGCGAUUAAGGACGGGCACGCGUUCACAGUGAAAGACGAAACCACCGCGACCGUGUCCGUCGCGCUCGUACACUGCGCGCUGGGGCGCGGCGCGGUGGCGAUCGGGCUGAAGCAGGUGGUCGGCGCCAUCGAGCCGCUCUCCGUCGCGUCGCUUCUCGAGCUCGAUCCGGAUAAGGCGGUCGAACCGCGGUGGUACGACCUCCGCGCGCCGACGGGGAAGAAGGGCGCGAUCGUGGGGAGGGUUCUGCUGCAGGCGGUGGCGGCGCGCGCGCCCCCGGAGCAGCGCGUGUCGCUUUUCAUUGGCUCCUGGAACGUGGGAAACGCGCCGCCCGCGGCGGAUCUCUCCCCGUGGCUCCCCGUGGGCGGCAGACACGAUCUGAUCGCGAUCGGAUCGCAGGAGUGCGAGUAUCCGCCGCGCGCGGGGCAUGCCACGUGUAUGGACGACUGGGUGGCGUGUAUCCGGGCGCAUUUCGGCCCUAGAUACGGCCUGGUGAAGGGCGCUUCGAGAGGGCAGAUGCGCCUCGUCGUUCUCGUCCUAGACACCUCCAGACGAGCGGUUACAGAUGUAAUGGAAGCAAGCAGUGCGGGAGUGAGUGGGAAAGGAGGGGGGGGCAAGCCGGUUGCAAGUCGCAUGCACAAGAGCUCUAGUGGUGGUGACGUGGCAGCAGGGGCGGGGGGAGAAGCGGGCGCUGCGAUUGGUGCAAGCCUCAGGUGCUCCCCUGGGGGGAGUUUCUGCAACGGGCGGGAGGAGGGGGGCGGAAUGGGUGUGGGGGUGGGGGAAAGGGGGAAUGGAAAAGGGGAGGGCGGGGCUGGGGAGGGGGAAGUGGUGGGGGAGGAGAGGAAUGGAGAUGGCGGUGGGGUGACUGGAGGACAGGUGAUUCCGAUGCUGGGAGGAGGAGGAGAGGGGAUGAGAGAAGGAGGAGGGGCGAUGACACCUGGGGAAGGGGGUUCGACGCCAGGAGGAGGGGGAGAAGGAGGGUCGACGCCGAAAGAGGGGCACAAGCGCGUGCUGAGCACGGGCAGCCUGGCUAUCUUCCGAGGGGGGUCGGGCCAGGAGAAGAGCAGCAAGGCGCUGCCGUCGCUGACUUCAAAGAAAUCGCUGGAGAAGCAAGCGCGGGCGGCAGUGCAUGAGAGCACACUGGAGCAGAUUCGAAACAAGGAGUUUGACGCUCUGCUGGAGUACGACGAGCUGCAACAUGAGAUUCGGGAGGGCCGUGUGUUUUACAAGUUCCAAGAAGCGCCCAUCACCUUCGCCCCUACCUUCAAGGUCAUUCGCAACGAAGUGGGUAAAUACAACAGCAAGCGGUUACCAGCGUGGUGCGACCGCAUCCUCUGGCGCUCGCUGCCCGGCUGCCAGCUCGCGUGCAUGCGAUACGACGCCGCCCACGACGUGGGGAGCAGUGACCACAAGCCAGUGUUGGCAGAAUUCGAGCUCACCACUCACGCCCUGCCAGUGGGGCUGGACCCGGCUGAUGCCUCACUCGUGGCGGCGGAGGAGGGGGCCGUGGGCAUGGUGACGCGCAGGCUGCACCGCAGCGCUUCCUCCCGACAUGGUGACAUGCGCUGGCACGUGCAGUUCUCAUCCCUCAUGGGUUCUGAUCUCCUCUCAGCUGAUGCAAACGGCCUCUCCGACCCCUACGUGCGUUUCACAGGCCCCAAUCUGCAGCACAGCAGUCACACCAAGCCGCGCUACAAGACACUCAACCCUGUGUGGACACCGGAGGACAUGUCGAGCAUAGUCUUGGAGAACCUCUCGUUACAGUCACAUGAGAAGGACUACCUGCUGGCAGCCAUUCUAGACCAUGACGUCACCAACCAAGACGACCCCAUAG